UUGGACACUUUGAGUCGCCGUUUACAAGAAAGCGUACAACUCCGAACACAUAAAUACUUCCGGGUUGCGGUACCACAAGCACUUACAGGGCAGUCUUUGGUUGCCCUUGUGGGAGAGAAGGGCUAUGCCGAAGAUGAAGCCGAAGCUGUACAUUUGGCUACAUUACUACUACAACACGGCUACCUAUUCCCGGUUAUUGAACCGGCUUUGACCGUACGCGAUGACGGUACUCUCUAUCGAUUACAACGACCGUAUUUUUGGCCGUCACACGCGACACAAACGGACAAUGUGGAGUAUGCAAUCUACCUCAAUAAACGCUUACUCAGGAAUGAACAGAAGCACGGGCUAGAAGAAGAUGAAGCUGAAUCGUAUAAUAGAUUCGCCGAAUUAUUAGGCCACAUGUGGGGAUUCAUCACACAACAAGCGGAAAUGCAAUUGAAGCAACAAAAAGAGAAAAAGAAAGCCGAUAAGGUAGUGUACGACUCCGAGGAAAGAGCUUUCUGGCGACUUCGUCGACCUAGUCAUCCGGACUUUCUUGAGCAACACGUUCAAAAGGUUGAUCGACGGUUGCGUAAAGCCACAGCGCAAGGUUACCGUAAUCUGAUUGAUCGUCUCAAGUUUUCGUUGAAAACGAAACCAUGGUUAAAGGCUUUAAAAGCGUCAGACACAAUGGUGCAAUGGGUAGAUCAACGGGUAGAUUACGAUCCAUUCCUCACCGCACCGCAACCGUCGAAUCCAUGGAUUACCGACGACACCAACCUUUGGGCGCUCAACACUGAUACAGUUGAAGUGCCAACGGAAAGGCGAGUGAAACGAUGGGGUUUGUCCGUACAAGAGCUCGUAAAAGACCCGAUAGGACGCCAGGUUCUCGAAACAUUCCUUGAAUCCGAGUUCUCAUCGGAGAACAUUCGAUUCUGGAUCGCGAUACAAGACCUCAAAUACUCGCCCAAUGAGCAAAUCGAUCAGAAAACGGAGCGGAUCUAUGAAGAGUUUCUGGCACCCGGCGCACCUGCGCAGGUUAACGUCGACUCUCGAACAUUGGAUCAGACACUGGAUUGUCUGCAAAAGGCAACGACAGCGUCGACACGACGUCAUGCAUUCACACAUUCUGAAGAGCAUGUAUUCACCCUCAUGGCUAAAGACUCGUACCCACGAUUUGUUCGAUCACAAAUCUACAAGGGAGUGUUAUCUGCAGCCCAGCAACAAGGAUCUAGACGAUUAGGAUGGCGAAAUUUCAUCUUCAAUAUGGGAGCUGCCAAAAAACCUCAACAAUGUAAACCACCUAAACGGGACGAAUUGCAUUCGUCAAAUUUGCCAAAACAACUUAGCUCUGAUUCGCUGCCGGUUCGAACGGCGGCUCAUCCUCCCAGGUAA